AUGGCCGAGUACGAUGAAGAGAACCCUUUUGUGGAUAUAGAUGAGUAUAUUGAGGAUACAAAUGCUAUUGUCCCUCCAAGGGUUGAUGUUGCUACCUUCAAGGUGGAACACGGUCUUAUCCUAAUGCUCAAAGCAAAGGGGUUUUUCAGAAAUUCCACCGAUGAUCCGACACAAUAUUUCAGAAACUUCUUGGGUGUGUGUGCAAUGCACAAGCAGAAUAACGUCUCAGAUGAUGCUCUAAGGCUAAGAGUGUUCAAGUAUUCACUGGAUGGAGAGGCAAGGAAAUGGAUCCAAAAUCUACCACCAAAUUCCAGUCAUUCUUGGCCUGAACUCGUCCAAGCGUUCCUAGCUAAAUGGUUCCCGCAAAGCAAGAAGUCUGAGCUCCGGGAUAAAAUUUUCUUUUUCAAGCAAUUACCGGGAGAACACCUACAUGAGGCUUGGGAUCGAUUCAAGCUAUAUUUAGUGAGGCCACCGAAUCAUGCCAAAAAUGCAGCUGAUGGAUCUUUUAUGGAUGAAACAUUUGCGAGGAUCACACAAAUCCUUGACAAAAUGGCAAUACAUAACCAAGCUUGGCACUCAGAGGACACCACGGGUGGAAUUGUAUAUGGUAUUCCUUCCUUGACCAACAUGAUUAAGGAGAACCAAGAAAGAGAUCAAGUAAUUGCCGGUCUUGCCACCAACGUCAAUGUGUUGACGAAGAUGUUCACUGAAAGCCAAAUAAAAAAGAGGAAACCCUACCAAGUUUCAGGACAACAAAACCAAUGGAGGCCUAACCCGCAAGGGCAAUGCAACCAACAGUGGCGAAAUGACCAAGGUAGUUCAAAUCAAGGGAAUUGGAGUAACAACAACAAAAACUUUUCCACUCGGAGUUCAAAACCCUAUGUUCCACCAAAGGGGAAAUAUUCCAACUCUCCGCAUUGGAAUGAAGGUUUUUCAAGUGAUUCCAAGUUGGAAAACAUGCUUGAACGAGUAUUGCAAAAUAAAGAAAGAUCCGACACUUCAAUGGGGAAUAUGACCGAGCUUAUGGGUUCUUAUACUGCAUCUAUUCAAAAUUUAGAGAUGCAAAUGAGAGAUCUCUCAAGAGAGAAAAGUCCGAAGCAAAAGGGCACACUCCCAAGUGACACAAUUGCAAACCCAAAAGGUAGUGGGAGCAGUACAACUUCUCAUUAUAUGGCUAUCACAACUCGAAGUGGGAAAAUACUUCAACGAGAGAUUGAACAAGUGGUCGAAGUGGAAGAUUCCGAACUAGAAGUUGAGGCACAAGUUGAGGUGCCAAUUGUUGUUGAAGCUUAA